AUGUACGACGAUGUCAAAGGCCGUAUUCUGUUCCACCCCAUGCUGUUGAGAGGUACUCUGGAAGAGACACUGAGGCUGGUCGCGCACGAGCAGAGGAUCAAACGGAGGUCCGGAGAGGGUAUCGAGGACACGAGGCAUGCGCCCGUCGCUGCCGGCAUGGGCCGGGGCGGCGGCAUGAGGAGAGCAGCUGCUGCGGGAGCGGAUGGCGGACCAUCUCAUGAGCAGAGAAGUGCCUUCUUCUGCCAGGUUCACGGAGCAAACUCCUCCCACAACACCCCGGACUGCCACAAAGUUCGCCAGGACUUCUUGUUCCACUACAGCGACUCCAUGGCGUUCAUUCGCGAGAGGGACAGUAUGCGGGUACCAGUUUUUCCUCAGGCCGGAGGGCAAGACUCGGGGCGCUUGUCGAGCGGAUCAUAUCGAGAGCAGCUGCACCAGCUCGACCAAGGGGCAAGCUGGGGUCGGGGCCGUCCGUUCUGUCAUCCUUCUGCUGGGCCCGAUGCUGAUGAACAACGAGUCUUCAACGAGACCUUUAGCACCGCCACUCAGCCGGUGACUCAACAGCAGCAGCAGCAGCAGCAGCAGCAGCAGCAGCAGCAGUACACCGGCGCUACUCCAACGACCUCUGCCUCCUCGACGGCGACCCCCUCUCCACCUCCGGGCGACAUUCCUCCAGCAAGUGGCGCCCCUCUUCGUCUCUUCCUCACACGUAGUGUGAAUUCUCUAGGCGAGGAUGAUUCUGUGUCUGGAAAUGAGAUUGGAGUUGUUAGUGAUGGGGUGGUGUCUGGUGUUCCCGUCGCUGGUAUGUCUGUGCCUGAUGUUCCUGUGGUUCCUGUAGUGAAGCCUGCUGUGACUUUUCAAGCCCCGGUAUGCCACACUAGGAUGUCAACACCCAAAGGUGGUGAGCAGUUGCAGGGAGACUCGGGGACGAGUACGGCGAUAUUUGGUGCGAGGGAAGGUGUUGCGUCUAAGUGUGAUGUGGCUGUGUUGGGUCGUGCCGAACAAAUGGAUGUUGACGUUUUCCACCACCGCGCUGGCCACUUUCCCGAACCUAUUGUGAGUUUGACUGCCAAGCAACAAGGGAACACCCGCCCCAGGGAGUCGGAACCCGCGACCAUCGCCGCUUCGCCGCCUGCUGCCACCGCUGCGCCUUGGCCUGCCGUCGCCGCCGCCGCCGCGGGGGGUACUGUCACCGGUUCGCCGACCGCUGCUGCGGCUGCACCGUGGGGACCCGCGACCGCCGACGCCAUUUCAUCGUUGCCGUCGAACACCGCUGGUGGUGCACCAUGGACUGCAGCCGCCACCGCCGCCGCACCGUCGCCGCUGCCGCCAAACCCCGGGGACGGCGCGCCGUUUGCACCCUCGCCGGGUGCCGCCGCGCUGCCGGACCCGAGGAUGACCGCGACGAGGACUACCGCCGCUCUGCUACCCGCCGCCGUUACCGCUGCCGCGCCGUUGCCGUCGCCGCCGACCUCCGAGGCCGAUGGACCGCUUUCGCCUUCGCCAGGUGCCGCCAAGCUGCCGGGCCCGAGGACGCCCGCGGCGAGGAGUGCCGCCGCCGCCACUUCGUCGUCGCAGCAGCAUUCCGCCGCAGAAGGGACCGGCGAGCUGGGGGGCGGCGAGAUGAAGGCGAUGGAGAACAGCAUGUUUGGGAGGGGUGCAUGUGGGAGAUCAAGAGCAACCUGCUGGGGGUCGCCCCUCCGAGCGGGGCAUUCUGUUUGGGCUCGUGGCGCGCCUUGCAUCGCGCGACGACAUCGAGUCUGAGAUAACAGUGUGGGUUUCGUAUUUAGUUUAGUUUUGUUUGCCGUUCUUUCUGGCAGCGCGUUCUACUAUUGCACUGGUAUUUUCUUCCUCGUUUGUUGCUAUUCUUAUGUACAUCCAGAAUCAUGGGGGGGGGAAGUCAUCUGUGACCAUGAUUCUAGAGGGCAUAAAUAUAUAAAAAAUGGCAAUCGAUUUGUUUUUGUUUUUCCAUAUAACAGCUUGCUUUGCAAGGGGGCUGUCUGCACGUUUGGUUGCUGACGUAUUGAUUUUCGCGGAGUGUCCUUGGAUGAACUCUGGAAAUACAAUGGGUCGCUACGUACGGUUGUGCUACAUGUUUUUGUUUUUUUCCUUUUUUUCGUGUGGCAUUUUUCUUGGUAGAAGGCUCUGUCUACGUUGUCCCCUUUGUAUUUGGCUCCGAGGUCUUCUGGUUUGUGUUUUCAUCGUGUUGGACGUUGAACUCAAGAUUGACCGAUAGAAAAUGCUCUGAAGGUUUUUUGCAUCAAUGGUCUUCAUGCUAUGAGGAUGAGGUAUGGAGUCGAGCAUUUUUGUGCAUUCAUGAUUGAUUUUUGUUUUCAGCUACUUGUGGAUGCGAGGUAUCCUCGGAAAGUGAUUUGUCCCGGACGGUGUUGUAUGUGUAUGCGUAUGUGUUUGUAUUCAUUUGUUUCUGAUAUGACCCAUUGCGGUUGUUUCGAUGAUUUGAGUUUUGAAUGAUUUGAUAUUGGGAAUUUGGAAAAUUCACCAGCGACCGAUGGAAAUUCUUGGUGGUGUUCCUGGUUUAAUGGUUUUCAACCGAUGGGAAUUCCAAUCAGUGUUUCUGAUUUAAUGGCUGUAGUGAAUUUUUUGAUCCUUGAAGGUUCUGGACACAAGGGAGACCGAUGGAAAUUCUGGUAGGAACUACUAGUGUUUCUGGUUUAAUGGUUUAUUUUUGUUGCAAGAGAAUACAAGGAGAUCCGACUACUGUUGGACAUUGACAUUGAUUUCUGGAGCUUUUAGGAUGGGUUUUGUGUGAUACGUAAGUCCGGGAAUAAUCUUGAAAAUGCAGCGAGCAGGGGGGCUGUUGGAUGUUCUCACAGCAUUGACAGAUUAUUGCAACCGAGGAACGUUCCGAGAAGAUGGAGCGGGGAAUUGUUGGGGUUCCGCAGUUGUGGUAUAUUGCGGGAAUGGUGGUACCAUCUUUGCCACAUAUUGUUGUUUCCUGGGUAUACGUGUCUGCAAUGGUGUUGACCACGUGCACUUGGAUAAUUUUCGUCUUCCUUUUCCCGGCUAUCACGCUCUGGGCUAUCACGCCCGUGUCCACACAUAUCCACCGGCUAUCACGCUGCCAGGCUGUCACGCCUCUAGGCUAUCACGCCAUCACAACAGCUAUCAUAGCACCAGCUUCAACACAUCAGAGCCAUCACGCUCCGGAACAUCACAGAUGCGGCGGGUUACCACAUCCGCGGGCAGUUUACUGUAUUUUAUUGUUGCCGGCAAACUCGCCGCGCGGUUCUUUUAUUUUUGCCGUCUACAACUGCGCCGGGCGCACCAAGCUACUCAACAGCAUGAACGUCCAUGCCAAUUUUCCACACGGAGGGGACAAUACUACCCCAUCCCCUGUACCAAAAGGCCAUAUUUUGUGCCAUAAAACCACCAAACAAUUGGCCAGUUUUGACGGCACCACAGUAACAGCCACAAGCACGUGCUGAGGCCGACAGACGCGGAAAGGGAGAGCCAGCUCUAGGGAAGACUGUCUCUACUACCAAAGCCGAAGAGGACGCGCCAAUCGGUCGUCUGAGAAAACAAGAAAAUCAUGCUGUAUCUCCUGUAUCUUUGGUCGCUUCUUGGUCUCCACCCACACAUGUCCUGCCUUACAGCACAGCACAGCACAGCACAGCUUUGCCUUCCUCUCCGAAGACCAG